GACUGGGAGCUAAAGCCUUUUUGUAGCUACAUAUUGGGACACUACAAUUUAAAUUACCGAAAUAGAAGAGUUUACAACACUCCGUAUUAAUGGUUGCUACGUACUUGCAGCAUUGUGGAUGUUCUUCUGCAGCUGUACUCGGUAGGAAGACCGUCAGUCAGUUAAAGCCGGUGUAUUACUGCGCUGAUGAAUGAAAGAAAAAUUCAAGAGGGAAAAGAAAAUGCAAUUUGCAUUAUUUGCUACAUUCCUAAAUUAUAUUUCAAGCAUUUCAGUCCGAAGAGACAAGCUGAUGUGGAACUGGGUUCGCUAUAGUUACAUCCAGGCAGAAAAGCUGGUAAUGACUUGAAUGGGGGGAAAAAGCCAGAAUACGAUGAUGUAAUGUUUAAAAAAUUCAGACUGUGCCACCUGCCGCAUGCCAGUGAACACCUCAUCUGCACUUGUGGGGAUAGGGAUAAUGUGACGUCAUCCUCUCAUUAAAUAAAAAAUCUAUCUAGCGAUUGUUUACCCUCAGGUCAUGCGCACAAUUAUUAUUUUCGGCAAUGCUAAUGCAGUAAAUCGUACCAUCGCAAGCAUAUAGAGAAAAUAACUUAUUUUUGCUUAUUUGUAUCGGGGCUUGAAUGAAGCUUGUAGGCAAUUAUGGCGAUACUAUAAAAAAAAUUAACAUUAUUUAUAUAAUCAACCAUAAGGUUACAUAUUUCCUCAGAACAAAAUUCGCAUGUGAGAUCCGAAUAAUUUCUUGUUGAAAGGGGAUUUUAUGAUGUCCAGUAUCCAGGGCAUUUAAUCAAUCACGACAUUCUUCUGCAAACUGGAGCAUGUGUUGUCAUUAUAGACAGACUAUAUGAGUUAAGAAAUGUCGCUAGCUUUGCAAUACACUCCUUUCUUCUAUUACUUUCUCGAGUUUUUUUUUUCAUUGCAGCACCGUUAGGAAACUUUGUGUUGACAUUGCGUCCCAAGUUUUUAAACGGGAGCAAUCUCUUUUGCAAUGAAAAAUCAAAAAAACAUGUCGUGACAAGUGCAGUAGCGGAACAUUUCGUUGCACAUCCCUCGUAUCCUUGGCGGUUCCCUAGGAAACUGAAUGACGCACUCAAGCUAAGAUGCCUCCACACAAUAUUCUGUAUGUAAAAAUUCUUUCAAGAAACAGGGCCCGAUGUGUUAUUAAUCGUAUUUAUUCUACGUGUAGCCGAACUAUUAAUAUAAUAUCAAAUGUUCAUCAAAGAACAUUGAGAAUAAUGUUUUAAAACUCGACUUUUCCCCACUGUAGCCUAGGUAAUUAACAGGCUUGCAAAACAGCAUUUGUAUUAUAUUUCAAGUGCAGUCUUCAUUACGCAUACACAUAAAGGCUUUCAUUGAGCAAGUAAUAAGAUUAGGCUGCAAUAGCUUUGUUCCCUGUGUCAUAAAUGAGUCGCUUCGGUUUACUAAGGUAUAGUUACAUUUUUGGGAGUUGUGUAUCUUGACAUAAGUAGACAAUCUCUGAUCAAAUCUAUUUCUCUUACUUCUACUAUGUGUACUAUAGUAAAUUACAGAGGGAAGAGGCGGAUGUUCUAGGCGGUAGUUUCGUCUCUUGCAAUCUGCAACAGAUGAGUUAGCUGACUAGCUUGCCGUAAUGUAUAUGAUUGUUUUUCUCUGAAUCAUUUUACGGCGGUUUACAAAUACUUAGCUAAUUGGAUAGCUAGACGAAAGGUAUUUUAGCUGGCUACUUCACGUAGGCAAAGUAACACAUGCAAUUAGAAAUGUGUUAAUGUAACCAGCUAGCCUAGUUGGCUCGUUAUUCUUGGCUACCAGCUAACUGCAGAUGUUAAUGUGGAAUGGGGUCUAGAACGACGUCAGCUAACGUCAACUGUAUGACUGAAUGUGCCAAACACUAAAAUAUACGUAGCAGGCCUAUUUACUCGCUGUAAUUACUUCAUAUUUAUUAACUAGCUAACUAGCUAACAUUACCAUAGCCACGUUUGAAUGGUGCUGCAAGCUAGCAAACAAUAGCAACCUAGUCUACACGGUGCCAUGGCAAGUGUCCACGAAAGUUUGUAUUUCAACCCGAUGAUGACUAACGGGGUAGUGCAUGCCAAUGUGUUUGGGAUAAAAGACUGGGUGACCCCCUAUAAAAUUUCCGUACUGGUGUUGCUGGACGAAAUGACCAUGUCAAAACGCAUGAGACUUCUGGAGAGAAGACGUUUAAACGAACUGAUUCUGCCGCUGCAACAGGGUCCAGAUUUGACCCUUGGACAGCUCUUGAGGACUAUUGAUGAAUGCUGUCCCAAAACGGCCUAUGCCGUCAAGAUAAGGCUGCAUGUAAUGGCGGGUGGGGAACUGAAGGACAUGGAGUCCUUCUUCGCCACUCUCCCAAGUCCCUUCAGUGAUCUUGACUCGGAAGCUUACAAGACCAGUGUGGUUGGUCUGUUUAUGAGACACAUGCUCCUGGCCUACAAUAAGCUCUCCUUCAGUCAGGUGUACAAGCUGUAUACCGCUCUUCAGCGCUACUACCACGGCCAUUACGUCCCAGGCCUGGAUAGCAAGGCCAAUCUCUCUGCUACAGCCACUGAGGACACGGACAUGGAGCUGACCAACACCGAGGACACCAUGGAGGGAAAGAUGGAGAAAGAAGAGCUGGACAGUGAACCACUGCGUGACUCUGAGCUACUUAAUGUGGAUACCCCAAGCAGAGGACCCCUUUCUCAGAAGCAAGCUGAGUAUUUUCUCGCAAGACAAGCCUACCUUCUGAAAAACGAUGAGAACAAAGCCCUGAAGCCUGCAGCACUGCAAGAGGAGCUCAACAACAUGCUGAAGUUCAACCCGGAUUUUGCAGAAGCGCAUUACCUGAGCUACCUGAACAGCAUGCGGGUGCAGGACAUCUUCAUCUCCACGCACAGCCUCCUGCACUACUUCGACCGGCUCAUCCUGACCGGCGCCGAGGGGAAGAGCAACGGCGACGAGGGCUACGGGCGGAGCCUGCGCUACGCUGCCCUGAACCUGGCCGCCCUGCACUGCCGCUUCGGACACUAUCAGCAGGCUGACCUGGCGCUUCAGGAAGCCAUCCGCAUCGCCCAGGAGUCCAACGACCACGUGUGUCUCCAGCACUGCCUGAGCUGGCUGUACAUGCUGGAGCAGAUGAAGGGAUCAGACAGCUCGGUGCUGACUGAGGACUCUGUGAAAAUGGCCGCCCACUUCUGUCUUCCCUACCUGGCUUCUUUGGGCAUUCAGUCCCUGGUCCAGCAGGGGGCGAUAGGGGGCAAGGCGGCGAACAAGCUGAUGGACGCGCUGAAGGAUACAGACAUUCUGCACUGGAAGCACAGCCUGUCAGAGCUGAUCGAUAUCAGCCUGGCCCAGACCACUUCCAUCUGGAGGAUGUACGGCAAGAGCACCAUGGCCCUCCAGCAGGCCCAGCUGCUCCUGAACAUGAACAGCCUGGAGCCGGUGAACUUCGGCGUCCAGCAGAACAACACCGAGGCGUUUGCCGUGGCCUUGUGUCACCUGGCCGAGCUGCACGCGGAGCAGGGCCUGUUUGGUGCUUCGGCUGAGAUCUUGAAACACCUGAAGGAGCAGUUUCCUCCUCACACCAAGCAUGCGGAGCUCUGGAUGCUGUGCGACCUGAAGAUCCAGUUUGAGAGAGCAAUGAAUGAUGGGAAGUAUCACCUGGCGGAGCCCCAUGUUAAAGCCAUCGCUGCCCUGAACCAGACGGAAGGUUUGUACAGGAAAGCGCUGGUGCUGAAGGCUCAGAACCAGACCACGGAGGCGUACAAGGUCCUGCAGCAGCUGCAGCAGCACUGCGAGAAGACCAAGUGCACAGAGAUGAUCAUACGGGUGAUGCUGGCGACGGCCGAGCUGCACUGGGAGUCCUCGGGCUUCGCCACGGCGCUCCCCCUCCUCCUCCAGGCCCUGGCCCUGGCCCGACAGCACCACCUGCAGUCCCUGGCCUCCGAGACCAUCCUGCACCUGGCCUUCUCCCAGCUGAUGCUGGGGGUCCCAGAGCAGGCCCUGAACAUCCUGCACGAGGCCAUGGAGCCCAUCCUGGCCCACGGCGCCGUCGUCCACAAGGGCCGCGCCCUGCUGCUGGUCGCCAAGUGCCAGAUCGCCACGGCCGGGGCCGCGCCCGGCGAGCACAGACGAGCAGCCCUGGAGAUGGCAGUGCAGACCCUCGACGAGGCCGCCGCCUACUUCUCCAAGCUGGACUGCAAGGAGCGCCUUCGCGACGUCCACUACCUGCAGGCCCGCGUUCACCACUCGCUCGGCCGCGUCCCCGAGCGCAACAAGUGCGCCAUGCUGUUCCGCCUCCUGGACCAGGAGCUCCCCGCCUCCGGGGCACCGCUCAUCACCCGCCUGUGAGACCGCCACCCCCUCCCCCCCCCGGAGAACUCCCAGGAGAGCCGCAUCGGACUCGCCAGUCUCCUCGCUUUCAGCUGUUUCUGUACUCAGGGCUGAAGCAGAGGGGAAAUAAAAUCACUGUUUGUUUAAUAAAGUGAAUGUCUUGAGUCCUCUGCUCAUUUUAAAUGGUA